AUGUGCAAGUCCGUCUGUGUAAUUGGCGGCGGGGCGUGCGGACUGGCCACCGUGCGAGCGUUUCUUGAAGAAGGCGGGUUCGAGAAGGUUGUCGGGUUUGAACAGAGAGCCUCGUUUGGCGGGAUCUGGAACUACAACGAGCUCGCCGACCAGCAUCUCAGUAUCCCGUCUGUGGAUCCGCUGGCCAUGGUCAAGCCCAUAAAAUCAGAAAACGGCUACGUCUGGCCAAACGCAGUGUACGACGCGCUCGAGACAAACACGCCGUACCCGCUGAUGGAGUUCAGAGACCACAGCUUCCCAGAGUCGACUCCUCUUUUCCCUCACAGAUCUGUGGUCCUUGCUUACGUCUGCAGAUACGGAGAGGAUCUGAGGCAGCAUUACCGGUUCAGUACGAGAGUUGUGGACGUGCGGCGCGGCCAAAAAUGGACGGUGCGGUCGCGAGCCGUGUGCGAGGCCACUGCGGGCGGAUUUCAGGAGAGCGACACCGUGCCCGACACGGUGGAGGAGUACGACGCCGUGAUGGUGGCCACUGGGGUAUACGACCUGCCGUUUAUUCCAGAGCUCGAGGGGCUCAGGCAGUGGCACGAAAAGCUCCCCGGCACAAUUUUCCAUUCAAAAACGUUCCGCAGUCCUCGUGAAUUGGCGCACAUCGAGGGAAACGUCCUGGUGAUUGGCAACUCUGCCUCGGGAAUUGAUAUCUGCUACCAGUUUGCGAGGUACACGGGCAGACACAUAUACAAAAGCGCGCGCUCAGCUAGCCGCGUUCCCGGCGGGACGAGCGAACUGGUCAUUGAGAUGCCGGACAUCAGCCAUCUGGACCCGCACACGGCGUCUGUCUUUUUCGUUGACGGUCGAAGGUUGGACAAUGUUGGAUGCAUAAUUUUCGCUACCGGGUUUCUGCGGUCGCUGCCAUUUUUUGCCGAGGUAAACAGGUCUGAAAAACCUCUCAUCACGGACGGAAACAGGAUCCACGGGCUGUACCGGCACUGUUGGAGCUACGAGCAUCCGGGGCUGGCCUUCAUUGCGAUUUCGCGGUACGUGCUGCCGUUUCACGUUGCAGAGAUCCAGGGGAUCUGGUUGGCCAAAAUCCUGCAAGAAAAAAUAAUAUUGCCAAGCGAUGCGGAAAUGGCCAGCCAAGAACGCCAACUGCUAAGCGCGCGCGGCAACCUGCCGAGCUUCCACGAUUUAUUGUAUCCGGACGAUAUUGAGUGUAUGGACCUGCUGAUGGCGGACAUCAAGAGCACAUCUGGGAAGGGGCCCUUGCCCAAGGAAUGGUCAGCUUUGGAAAUUGCACUGAGAAGAAACACGAGACUCCUAAAGGCCGUAUGUCUGCAGCAUUUCGAGAGAACUGGCCAGCAUUUAACCCUGAGUGAUGCAUUGUCAUUGAAUAUAAUAGACAACAGGCAAUAA